AUGGGCACGCUCGGAAAAGUCAUCCUCGGGACCGGAAACUUUGUGCUCCCAAACGAAGAGGUCCAAGACCACGAGCAGCAGCCUCAGUUCCUGCCGCGGCUUCACUGGCCCGCGCAGCCAGACGCAAUCGGCAGUCAGGCCGGUCCUGCAUUGGGCCUCGACAUCGACUGGCUGGACGCAGAGGCCGUCGGCCGGCUCGAGGAAGAGACGACGAGGACGUACCCUCGUCUGAUGCCAAUGCCGCCGUUUGGCACGGCAGACGGCCGAUAUGACGGGUGCCGAUGGAGCACGCAUCUCGCCGUUGCUCACAACUUGUUUCACAAAAAGCUCCGCAAGGGCAAGGCCGUAAAUGCCGUUGAGAUGGCGGUGCUGGUCCGCAUCGUCACGUACGGCCUGUUUCAUUCCACGACGUUUUUCGCGCCCUUUAUUGUGGACGGCGCAACGGUUCGGUCCCAUCUGGACCCCAACAAGAUCGGGGGCCGGUGGGAGCUGCAGUGGCCCAUCAUCAUGUCGAGGCGUUCUGGCGACCUCGACGGCGGCGCCAACUUCGGACUCGAGGACAGAGACUGGAGCAGGAGGAGGAUAUGGACGAGGCGCUGGGUCGUCGUGCCGGUCCGGCACGGCGCGCGCCAAUGGGGCAUGACGGUAUUCGACCGCCACAAGGGGCAUCUGUACAUUUUUGACUGCGGCGACGAGGCGUCCAAGGGCCAGAGGGUCAAGGCCGCGGUUCGUGUGUGGCUGGCGCUGCUGCGGAACCUAGGGCAGCCGUACAGCUUCCUGUACUUUGUGCCGCGUGUGACGAGGCAGUCUGACGAGGCUGACUCGGGGCUGCUCUGCGUCGUCUGGCUCAUGGAGGCGCUCAGAAACCAGGUCGGCAGGCCCAUGACGUCGCGCGACGACGGGGUUGUCAAGGUGAACCUCGUGACGGCCGGCACGUCGCCGCCACGCGGGUCGUCCACGACGGGGCGCGGGCACAACUACAUCAGCUCUCUGCGCCUGCGCGACUGGGUGCCCCGGGGCUGUCACGCCCCAAGGUCUCGGCUGAUGGCUGUCCGGAGGAUCAUUGGCGUCAUGGUCGCCAACGAGCUCGGCCUGCGCGAGCACGAGUCCCUGACGAAGAGGUACAGGGACCGGAGGAGGCAGGGAGGCGGCGCGCACCACGCCGCCCUCUGGCUCCUGAAGGAGGCCGCCAGAGAGCUGGUCAACGGCGGCGGCGCGAUGCCAAAGGGGGCCUUCUUCACGGGCCAGGGCGGUCCGCAGUUUGCCUUGCCCAUGUGCCAUGCUGUCCUGCCCUACGACGCCGAGGCUCCGAGGCGGCAUCCCAUCCGCAAGCUCCCCGGGCGGGUGCACCAGGUAAGAACAACGCCAGACGAACUGAACGCGUGGGCCGAAACACCGUUUGACUGGCCUGAUGACAGCUCCUCCGGAUCCUCCUCCGGAUCCUCCCCCAGAUCCUCCCCGGCCAGGCUGCGUCAUACGAGCCCCACGCCCGCCCUCGCUGACUUCUUGGCUACCGACGGCCUUUGUGACGCCUCUCGGCCGGACCUCGAGUUCUUCGGGCUCUCGCCGGUUCGCGACAGGAUGACGACCAGGCUCAUGUCGAGGCGGGAUGCAAAGAGUGCUUCCUUCCGGUGA